AUGGCAGGCGCGAGCCUUCACUACCUCUCACGCCUUCGACCCAUGAUGCCGUUUAAAUCCAAUUCUCCAGAACCCCUCUUGCUCGGAGACUUGGGGGACUCCAUGACUACCAUCGGCAGAGUACACGAGGACGCUCAUGUCCGAGUCAGAAUGCCGAAAAUCGAAGACAAGUCCCCAACCAAGAAGUCCCUUCUCAAUCGGAAACUUGGGGGACUCCUGUUUGUACCAUAG